AUGCUUUGUGUAUCCUUGUGGUCUUUGGAGCCUUCAGGUCACAGCCAUUUACUCCGUGGUAUCAUGCAGGAGCUGUUGGGUCAUUACUUCUUUUAAUGAAAAUCACAUGGCUUACAGUGCUGGAGUUACUUGCCAGAUAUCAAUUGGCUUUAUUGUUUACCUUUGUGGAUGAUUCCAACUUUAUUAUUGAUUGGGAGCUUGAAUUUUACUCUUUGAAAAGUCUUCUUUAGUUUUUAAUUGUCUACAACUAAUCUAUAAAUACCUCCUUUUCAGUUCCUCUUCCUUCAAUCUUUUGCAUAUUACUUUUUGGUACUCUCCAAAAGUAGAUAAAGUGUAAUACACUAAAUAGUAAAUACCUCCUUGCCUAUAAUUUGUGUUGCAAAAUAAGAUAUUCUUAUUGCUUGCUAUAAUAUUGUGGAUUUAUUUCUCAUUUGAUCAAUUUCAGUGGCAGGAUUUGAGAUUUUUAGAAAGUUUGUUCUCUGAAUUGUCUGCUUUUCUCACUCAAAUUCAGUUCUCUUUCUACAGCUUAGAAUGCCAUCGGCAAAUCCAGAUUUAACUGAAGAAGGGAGUGAGUCAUUUGCUGAGGUUGAUCCAACAGGUAGGUUUGGUCGGUAUGUGGAGUUGCUUGGCCAUGGUUCUGUGAAGAACGUGUACAAGGCGUUUGAUUUGGAAGAAGGCAGAGAUGUUGCGUGGAACCAAAUUAAGUUGGGAAAAUUUAGUGACAGGCCAUGCAUAAUACAGAAAAUCCACUCUGAGAUUGAGUUGCUGAACACCUUAAAGCAUGAGAACAUCAUAGUUCUCUAUCAUUUCUGGAAAGACGACGAAAGGAACUCCUUGAAUUUUAUAACUGAAGCGUGUGCCUCAGGUAAUCUAAGGGAUUACAGGAACAAGCAUCGCCGUGUUUCAAUCAAGGCCUUGAAGAAGUGGUCAAGACAGAUACUGCAGGGUUUAGAUUAUCUCCAUACUCAUGAUCCCUGUAUCAUCCACCGAGACCUCAAGUGCAGUAACAUUUUCAUUAACGGGAACAUUGGAAAGGUAAAGAUUGGGGAUCUGGGCAUGGCCGCAGUCGUGGGGAAGAGCCAUGCGGCACACUCAUUGCUAGGGACGCCAGAAUUCAUGGCACCUGAGCUUUACGAAGAGAACUACAACGAAUUAGUGGAUAUAUAUUCGUUUGGGAUGUGCCUGCUGGAAAUGGUCACUCUGGAAGUACCAUACAGCGAGUGUGACAGCAUCGCAAAAAUAUACAAGAAGGUAACGAGUGGGGUGAAGCCCCGAGCUCUUACUAAGGUGACAGAUCCACAACUGAAGGGCUUCAUCGAGAAGUGCAUUGGACAGCCAAGAAAGAGGCCUUCAGCAUCAGACCUGCUGAAAGACCCAUUCUUUCAUGAUAUCCUAAACUAUGAUGAGAAUGAUCUUUGUGUGUGAUGCCUCUUCUCUUAGUUAUUAUAAACAUAUUAAGUGGACAUUAUUUGUAACGGACGUAACAGAUGCUUUGAUUGCUCAUUAUAUAUAUUUACACCUUGUAUUAGAUAUAGAUAAAAUAUAGAUAUAUAUACCUUGUA